AUGGUGAACCCUUCGGACACGCCCCAAGCGUCCCCAUCAUCCCCUCCCGAGCAAAUUAUCCCCCCGCGUUUCAUUCAGCUGGUCAAGGAGAUCGAUCGCGGGGCCACGGGGUGCGUGUGGCUGUGCCGCGACACCCGCGUGCAGGUGGCGGGGAAGGAGGCCGUGGCGGUGAAGUUCAUACGGCGGGGCAGCGUGGACGAGCGCGUCAAGCGCGAGCUGCUGAUCGUGCGGAAGCUGUACCACCGCCACAUCGCGCUGUUCAGGGAGGCCGUGCUGGGGCCCACGCACCUGUGCCUGCUGUUCGACUUCGUGCCCGGCGGGAACCUUGAGAGUUACCUCAAGAGCAUGGGCGGAAUCCUGCCAGAGUACAUCGCGCGCUUCAUCUUCCAGCAGCUGGUGCUGGCAGUGGACUUCUGUCACCAAGUGCCUCCUGAUGGCAUCAUGAACCGCGAUCUGAAGCUCAACAACGUGCUCGUGGAGAAUCCCAAGGAGCAGUUUCCCCACAUCGUGCUCUGUGACUUCGGCUUUGGGAAGGAGAGUGGGGCAGAGCCCACCAUAAGCCACCUGGGCACAAAGAACUAUGCUGCUCCAGAAAUCAUCUGGAGGUCGAGCAGGAACAACAGGUACGACGGCAAGAAGACGGACAUCUACUGCCUGGGUAUCUGCCUACACCGGAUGGUCCUCGGAGCGUUCCCCAAGCACCCAGAGGCGGGCGAGGGCCAGCCGAGCAGCGCGGAGGAGCGCCUCAGGCGCAUGGGCCUGGAGCUGCACGGCGACCUGCGCGUCCUGCAUGGCUCCCCCCAGCUGGCGGCCCUCCUGACCGGCCUCCUGCAGCCCAACCCCGCCUACCGCUUCACCAUGGAGGACGUCUGGCGGGACCCCUGGUUCCAGACGGAGCUACCGGUGAACGACGACGGCAGCCCCGUGCGCAGCUACAACACCGCCAUGCUGGCGUUCCACGCCCAAGGGACGCACCUGCAGGACGGGCAAACGGAGGAGGAUCUGCGGCGGAUGGUGGAGGAGGCCAGGGCGGCGUAG